AUGGAACGAGCAGCCGUCAAGAUGAGUUUCGUUACACGCCGAGCGCUCUCUACUCUCAUUCCUCCAAAGGUUGCCUCUCCAUCUGGACUUGGGGCUGCCCAAGAUGCUGCACGCAUGUCGCGCGUUGUGAGCUUCUACGAGAAACUACCAAGAGGUUCCGCUCCAGAGGUCAAGCCAAAGGGAUUGAUGGGAAGAUAUCAGGCCAAAUAUUUCGGAAAGAACGCUUCCCCAGCACCUAUCAUUCACAUCAUUGCAUUCAUGAUGGCAAUCGGUUACGCUCAAAAUUACUACUUCCAUCUCCGCCACCACAAGAACAACGCUCAUUAG